UUGACCCCUGACAAUUCCUGUAGCACUCGUUAGGAGUCCCCACUAGGUGGCUAACUAACUCAACUGAAGGCAGCUGGCUGUGCGGGGUGUCAGCCUCAAUCUGCUGCCAACAGAUCAACCAGGAGUCCAACGAAGCAACGAACGGGUUAAUGUAAUCCCUGGUUGGAAAUGGGCGGAGACUCCAGCUGGGACGCAAAGAGGGCACACCGGAGAGGCAACACUCAAAUCUGCAGAAGAAAGUCGCUGCUGGAGUUGUGUUUAUUUAUUUAUCUGUUGGAUUUCUUUUUCGUUUCCUCUUCCACUUCACCUUUGCACACGUUUUUUUUUUUUUUUUUUUGAUCGCAUCGAACCGAAAAGUGCCAUGAAAUCGAUGGGAAUGUUUUGGGAGAUGCUGUCAGCUAUGGGUUAAGUAGUGAAGACACGGAAGGCUGUAGCUGUAGAGGCGUCCCAACGAGAGGAACCCGAGGAGCGGAUCUACGGGACUGCGUGGAGCGCUGCCUUUCGGCAUUACUUCUACAACCAUGGAAAAGUCUCCCUGCAUUUCCACGGAUUCUUCAUUAUGAGCCGAAAAUAAGCGCGUCGGUGGAGCUGAGAUGGUCUAAAGACGCUUUGCCGUUGUGGUUUGCACACAUCAACAGGACUAAACCCAACGAGCGGUCUGAUGGUGAAGUAAUAAACCGGUGUCAGAGAUUCUAUAUCUGGUUUCGACGCGUUGAUAAACACGCCGAGUUACGCCAUGUGGAGCCCGGGGACGUGGAUGUGGCGAGCGGCUCUGUGCUGCAUGCUUCUGGAAACAUUUCUACACACUGCGAGAGGUCUUAACAUGUGUAUGAGCGGCAGCGCUACCUCCUGUGAAGAAUGCCUCCUGAUCCACCCCAGUUGCGCCUGGUGCGCACAAGAGGAGUUCGGGAGGGGGUGGACUCUGACGUCACGGUGCGAUCUGAGUCCAAACCUGCAGAAGAGGGGCUGCGAGGCGCGGUUCAUCGAGUACCCCACCAGCAGCAUCUCGGUCCUGCAGAACAUGCCUCUGAGCUCUAAAGGGUCCGGGUUGACGCAGUAUGGCGUCGUCCAGAUUAUGCCUCAGAAGAUCUCUCUCAGCCUGCGGCCAGGAGACCAGACGUGGUUCGGGCUGCAGGUGCGGCAGGUGGAGGACUACCCAGUGGAUCUCUACUACCUGAUGGACCUCUCGCUUUCCAUGAAAGACGAUCUGGACACCAUCCGUAACUUGGGCACCAAGCUGGCUCUAGAGAUGAGCAAGCUCACCAGCAACUUCAGGCUGGGCUUUGGCUCCUUUGUGGACAAAAACAUGUCCCCCUUCUCCUACACAGCAUCCAAGUAUCAGGAGAAUCCAUGCAAUGGAUACAAACUGUUCCCCAACUGUGUCCCCACCUUCGGUUUCCGCCACAUCCUCUCGCUGACAGAUAAAGUGGACCGUUUUAACGAGGAGGUGCAGAAGCAGAUGGUAUCUCGCAACCGGGACGCGCCCGAGGGUGGAUUCGACGCCAUCCUGCAGGCUGCUGUUUGUAAGGAGGAGAUAGGUUGGAGGAAGGAGGCCUACCACCUGCUGGUGUUUGCCACAGACGAUGUCCCUCACCUUGCUCUGGACGGCAGGCUGGGAGGCCUCGUCCAGCCGCACGAUGGACAGUGUCACCUCAAUGAGGACAAUGAAUACAGCGCUUCCGAAAAGAUGGACUAUCCCUCUCUGGCUCUUCUGGGGGAGAAACUGGCGGAAAAUAACAUCUUUCUCAUCUUUGCAGUGACAAAACGGCUGUACGUUAUUUAUAAGGAUUUUACUGCACUGAUACCUGGAACUACAGUCGAAAUCCUGGACCAGGACUCCAAGAAUGUAAUUCAGCUGAUCGUCGCAGCUUACAACAACAUCCGCUCUAAAGUGGAGCUGUCGGUGUGGGAUCACCCAGAGGACAUCAGCCUUUCCUUCACCGCCACCUGCCAGGACGGAAAGCCGCUGCCAGGCCUCAGGAAGUGUGCCGACUUGAAGAUAGGAGACACUGUAUCGUUCAACGUGAGCGUGGAGGCGAGGAGCUGCCCCCCCCGCGGCACCGACCAGAGCUUCACCAUUAAGCCGGUGGGCUUCAAAGAGCGUUUGGAGGUGUCUGUGGAUUAUCAGUGUGACUGCGGCUGCAGCCGGACAGCACAAACCAACAGCAGCAUCUGCAGCUCCAUAGGUACGUAUAACUGUGGGACUUGUCACUGUGAGCCGGGCUACCUGGGCGCCCGCUGCGAGUGCCAGGAGGGCGAAGCCAGCAGCAUGUACCUCAGCGCCUGCCGGGAAGCCGAGGGCAAGCAGAUCUGCAGCGGGCGAGGAGAGUGCAGCUGCAACCAGUGUCUGUGCUACGAGUCGGAGUUUGGCAAGAUUUACGGCAGCUACUGCGAGUGUGACGACUUCUCCUGUGCCAGACACAAAGGCGUCCUCUGCUCAGGUCACGGAGAAUGUCACUGCGGGGAGUGUAAAUGCCACGCCGGUUACAUCGGCGACAACUGUAACUGCUCCACAGAGACGUCGUCCUGCAUCGCAGACGACGGGCAGAUGUGCAGCGGGCGAGGCAGCUGUGUGUGCGGCCGCUGUCAGUGCACCGAGCCAGGAGCCUUCGGAGAUACCUGUGAGAAAUGUCCCACCUGCCCCGAUGCCUGUGGCACUAAAAGGGAGUGUAUCGAGUGCCGGCUUUUCAACUCCGGAAGGCUUGCAGACAACCAGACCUGCCAGCGCCUGUGCAAGGAUGAAAUCAUCACUGUGGAGACCCUCAAAACGGAGGAGCCCGGCGCUGUGCUUUGUCUGUAUAAGACAGACAACGAUUGUGUCAUGAAGUUCACGUAUUCCGAGCACGCCAGCGGACAGUCCGUCCUCGCAGCUCUGAAAGAGCCAGAGUGCGGCGGUGGGCCCGAUGCUCUGAUGGUGCUGCUGGCGGUGGUCGGCAGCAUCCUGCUGGUGGGGGUGGUGCUGCUCGCUGCCUGGAAGUUGGUCAUCACCAUUCAUGACCGGAGAGAGUUUUCGCGCUUCCAGAGUGCACGCUCGCGAGCCCGAUACGAGAUGGCCUCCAACCCUCUGUACAAGCAGCCUGUCUCUACACUUUUUGUAGAAAGCGAUUGCAACAUGUAUGGGAAGUCCUUCAACGGGGGGGUCCACUGAUCCCUCGGCACGGGGCGCGGCAGGACCGGUCCGACAAACAGAUCCCCGGAGGACGGAGGACUCAACACAACCCCAUCCCUCUGCACGGUUCACACCUGAUAACAGAAGUGAAAUGAACUAGACUCUGUCCGAAGGUGGGGGGGAGGGGCGGAAAUCUGUGGCCUUUUUUUUUCUUUUUUCUUCAGGAGAUUCAAGCCUACCCCAGAGACGUGAUGCGACUUCUUUUUUUCUUCAUCUGUGUGUUUGGCUGACAGCGGUGGCAGUCUGUGGAGGAGCAACGAGGAAUCAACUUGUUUAGGAAGAGAGAGACAGAGAGAGACAGAGAGAGAGAGAGAGAGAGAGAGAGAGAGAGAGAGUGUAGAGUUAGCGGUGAGUUUGUCUGCAGUUACACAAAAUAAAUGAACGCUCUCUCAUACAAACCAUGACUUCAACCACCAUUCAAUCUCUGCACAUAGCAGGCAGGACAUUGGCUUAUAUUUGUAUAUUUUUUAUAAACACUAAACAUGCUUCUUUUUUUCUUUUUUUUUUAAGUAUAAACUGCAUCCAACAGGACAGGAAAUUUACAGGAUUAUUAAAAAGCACAUAUUUCUAAA